GUUCAUUAUGUAAGAGAUAUUCUUUUACACAAUUUUCAAAUUGCAAAUGAUAUUUGAUUCUGAGAAGAAUGUGAAGAAAAGUAGGUAGAUAGUUGACUAACUUAGCCACAUCUCAUGUGGUUUCAGAAUUCACAGAAUCUGUAACGUGCUGCAGAGUAGGUAUCAAAUAUUGAUUUAUAUACUUCCUGCAUAAGAAACAUCAGUACAUUGAAUGUCCAUGAUGGCUUUGAACUUCAGCUGCAAAGCAUUGCUCGCAUCUCUACCUCAGAAGUAUCACAAAAGAUGUCUGUCUCAGCUGACCAACUCGGCCGUUUGCCGCCGGAGGGCGCUGCUCUUUGACGAGGAGGAGAAGCGGCAGCGCUCGCUGGUCGGACGGGUGCAGAAGAUGGAGGUCAACUACGAGGGAGCGCCGGAGAACUGCACCCUGGUGAUGAACCAGCACCUCUCCACGCCACACGACUGUGCCAAACAUCUAUCCGAGGCGAUUCUGCAGAAGGCCGCGCUGGCCGAGGUGGACGGCCGGCCGUGGGACAUGCACCGACCGUUGUCGGCCGACAGCUGCACACUCCGCUACCUCUACUUCAAAGACGCCGAGCCGUUCGCGGUGAACAAGGCGUUCUGGCGCAGCUGUUCCCUGAUGCUGGGGGCCGUCGUGGAGGAGGCUUUCAAGGACCAGUACUACGUCCAACUGCACAGCUUCCCCAGCCCAAACGUGCGGAGCGGCAGCUUUCUGUACGACGUGCAGCUACCACUGGACUCGUGGCAGCCCACCGACCAGGAGCUGCGUGUCCUCUCGGGUAUGAUGCGGCGCUUGGCGCAGCGGGCACUGCCUUUCCGCCGACUGGAGGUACCCCAGGCAGUGGCCCUGGAGAUGUUCGCCGAGAAUGAAUUCAAGCGCAGCCAGGUGCCCAGCAUCGCGCAGCAGUCGGAGACGGGUGACCGUGUGACCGUGUACCGGUGCGGCGACCACGUGGACCUGAGCCGCGGCCCGGCCAUCUCCCACACGGGCCUGCUGGGACGGUGCUCCAUCUGCGCCGUACACCGGAUCGAGGCCGACUCGGGACCGCUCUACAGGUUCCAGGGUGUGGCACUGCCCAGUGACCUGAUGCUCAACCACUUCGCCUUUGGCCUGCUGGAGGACAGGGCGAGGCACCUGAACCCGUCUGGCUCAGUGGCGGCGUCCGGUCGAGGGGACACGGCGGCAGCAGAGGCGGCGUCGGGCUGACCGCCAUCCAACGGAGCCAGGUGGGCCACGACCGACCGUACCGCGGCCCGGUGUCCCCACCGCUGCCCCGAGAGACGCGGUCAUACGCUGGACGGGGCGACAAGACCCGUCUCCUGAGCCCACGGCCCGUGUCGGGGGACCACUCACCAGGGUGGGUCGUGACAGGGAUGGUGUGAGUCUCGGAGUCGUGCGGGAACAGCCGCGGGUCUGUGUGGUCGGCUGAACACGUGCGGGCAUCGGUAUUGUACAGACGCCAGUGGUGGCGACCGAAUGAGGAAUUAUGUGUAGAUCAAUACAUUGUGAUGCGAUUGUA